GGUUUGUGCUCUUCAAAACGUUUUGCUUUGAUAAAGGGUGUUUGCUGAGCGAGUUUUGGUUCUUUGACGGCCAACCCAGAUCAGUGAUGGUAAACAAAUUGCCCAGUUGUGACCGAAAUUAACGACCGUUAGAUAGCAAAAACAAUGCCGUUCGCCGAAUCCAGUAUUCCAGAUGUUGAUAAUGUUUCAGCCAAGCAGCGAAUGACGAUGAGAGAAGAAGGCCGUUGCUGUCACGAGGCUCUUAUAGGGUCCAGGAAUAGUCCAAUUGAUCCAAGAAACACGAGAUUUCUCAAGUAUCCAAGUACCAAGAGCGAGGUUGCGGUAUGGAUUUGCUCUGUGCCUAACGAAAAGUCCGGGGAACGCACGUUAUGUGAUUUUUUGCUUUCAACGUCGAUGCAGGCCGAGAUGAUGGAAUGUAACGAAGGGAGGUUUCUUUCGUGCCAGGCGCGAAAAGGGAAGCCCGCCUGUUUAAGUAACGCAGGAGGAAAUUGCCAUCAACCUCUCUCUGCCUCUACUUUGUCACCACUCUUUCCACUUUUUGUCAGGCGCGAUGGCCGAGCGGCGGGGGAUUUCGCGAAUAUGGGCCUAGCCAAGCCGCUUCGGCUGAAGGUUCGACUCGUACAGAAGGGAACGUGGGAAUCAAAAAUGGGUUGGUGGAUACGAAGGUCACCUCGUCAUUGGUCGGCACCGCCAGGCUUAAACAGUACAUCCUGUAGCCAACCACACAAGAAGAAAAUCGCGAGACCGCCGAGCAUAGUGGAAAUAAAGAUUGGCAGACGCCAAUCGGGCCUCUUUGCUGACAGCAAUAUCUGUCAGAGUUUAGAGCCUUCCCUCCCCAGAUCUUUUUGCAGGGGUGUGUGGAAAUGAGCUCGAGCGGCACAUCAAUUGAAGCCUCGAUCAAGCUUUUAAUGAAGCAAAGGACCCGACAACAACAAUCGAUAAACCUGGUGAACAUCUUUUCAAACGCGGAGUGUAUGGAAGCCAUUUUUUGAGUUUGAUUCCAUUACUUUUGGCGGCAGCAUCGGCAGCAUCUCUUUUUAGACAGAGGGUUUUCUCUUACCGCAAAAGAAGAUCUGCUGGCGGGCCGAGGCGCACACCAAAAGCAGGUGCGCUACUUACAGAGCACGUUCCACUCGUCACGAGGGUACAUACCAAGGAUCCCUCUCGUGAAUCCUUUACCGAGGCCGUUCUGCCAUAGAAACCACAAUCGCUCUUUCUUAUCGCAACAC